AUGUCCACCCUCUCGUGGCGUCCCUUCUCUUCUCUCCUCCUUGGGAAGGGAGACCAUCGGGGUGCAACCUGGCUGGGGCGGGGAGGAGGUGCAGGGCCUGGCCAGAGCGGGCCUGGCCACGGGCAAGGGACACCGACCUCCUGGGCCAGGACAGGUGAGAGGGGCGCAGGCCCGGGCCCGGCGUGGCGGCGGUGCGCGUGAGCGGCCAGCAGAGGGCGCCAGAGAGCCACGAGCGGCCCGCGGAGGAGCCCGCGCCGGCUCCGAUGCCCAGCUCCGCGCCGCGCCGACCCACCGAGCCCGCGCUCAGACGCCCGCUCCGAGGAGAGGCCGCUUGCGCCGGGUCUCUCUUCUUCCCCAAGUGCAGGCAGAGCCCCCGGAGUCAUGGCCAGCCCUUGCAGCUCCGAAGCGACUGGCAAGCCCCGAGGGAGAGAUGGCCGGCCCAGGAGGGAGGAGGACGACGUCCCUCCCGAAGAGAAGAGGCUGCGGCUCUUGCUGGAGGGGGGAAGCGCAGAGCCCCAGGACUGCGAGGACGGGGAGGACGCGCCGCGGCCGGGCAGGGAGGAGACCGUCACCCAGACAGGUGGCGACGGCAGAGGAGUGGAAUUCUCCACGAGUUUUGAGCAGCCUCGGUUUUCCCACCACCUCCAAAUCAUGGAAGACACAGGGUGCAGGCAGAGUCCCCGGAGCCAUGGCCAGCCCUUCCGGCAGCUCCGAAGCCACUGGCAAGCCCCUAGGCAGGGAUGGCCGGCCCAGCAGGGAGGAGGACGACGUCCCUCCCGAAGAGAAGAGGCUGCGGCACUUGCUGGAUGGGGGAAGCGCACAGCUCCAGGACUGCGAGGACGGGGAGGACGCGCCGUGGCCGGGCAGGAAGGAGACCGGCACCCAGACAGGUGGCGACGGCAGAGGAAUCCUUCUUAGAAAUUCCUAAGGCUCAAUGCUGUGUGGAAGAUUCUGAGAAAGAAAAUAGUUUCCGAUCUUUGGGAUUCCCGAGAUGGUCCAAUCUGCAAAAAGUUCAUUGCCAUUUCCAUCAAGGACACUGAGAACAAGAGUCUUAUCUGGAUUGGAUCCUGGGAAUUGAGAAGCUUCAGCAGGUGGGAAAUGCACCCUCCACAGGCUCACACCCUUGUGGGCUGUUUCAGUUACCUAUUGCACCUAAAAUUAGGAUCUUUAAACCACCACAAGCCAUUAUUGCUCAUGACCCUGUGAGUUGCAUGGGGACUUCCUGGCUGCUUUAACCUGGGCUCAUUUGUGUGGCUACCUGCAGCUGGAGGGCCAGCUGGGUGGAACAUCCAGCACGGCCUCAUGCAUGUGCCUGGCAGUUGGUGCUGGUUGUCAGCCGGGGAAAUUUGUUUUCCUCCGUGUGGCCCCUCGCCCUCAGAGCCCCUCUCCAAAUGGCCCUUUAAGCAGGAUAGCCAAGGUUUGCUUGGUGCCAGCAUCCAAGAGGGCAAAAAUAUGGAAACUACGAGAGUGCUCUCAAGGUCUAAGACUAUAUGCACCCCAAAAAUCUGAGGUCUCAGUUAAUUCAGAAAGUUUGUUUUG